AUGAUUCAACAACACUAUACUUUAGCAUGGCUCAACAUGGCCACCUUGGCAUUAAUACCGGUCCUGGUGACAAUGUGUAAAGUUCAAGCAUCCAUCACCUCGACAAUAGCAGCAGCACAAGCCAUUGCACAUCGUGGAUGUGACGAUAUGAAUGCAGCAGCAGCACGUGUAGUAAGCAUUCCAGCGGUGUUGCGUGAACGAGCUUACACCGAAAUGCAAACAACAGCCGACAAUUUGCUGCGUGGUUUAAUUACAGCCAUUGAUACCCUUGAAGGCAUUGUUUUAUGGAUCAUUGGACUAUACAAGUCGACGUUUCGAUGCUUAUUGGGUCUUGCUGUAAAUGGAGUGAUGUCCGUUGUGUCGAAAAUUGCCGGCCCAGUCCAAGAAACGGCUGAAAAUAUUCUUCAAGGCGGUGCCAAUGUACUCCAACAGCUUGUCGGCAAUAAUCAGCCGAACCAGCAGCAGCCAAAUGUGUCACUAGGUGACUGGGCAGGCGGUAUGCAAGAUGUGCAACAAAAGGUGGAACAAUGGACCAAGGGAGAAAAUGACCCAUUGAAUGCCUUGGUGAGUGCACCCUUUGAAAAGAUCAAAGAGGACAUCCAAGCAAGUUUGGGACAAUGGAAACCACCUCAUUACAACAACAACAAUGAAACCGCCGGUGUAAUAGCAUCCUCCUCCGAUGAAAAGAUGCAUGCAACAACAUGGUGCACUGCUGAACCACUUGUCAAUGCAUUGGAUGACACCAAAACAAAGCUGCAUACCGUCAUUUGCAUUUGCAUUGUGAUUGUGGUGCUCUUUAUUGUUGUUAUUAUCUGCAUCAAUAUGCUAUACAUGCGUCGUCGAUCUCAAUUUCUCACCCAAUGGCGACGUCAACUUGCAUAUGACCUAACAACACACGACGUCAAAGAACAAGAUCGUGCUUUGCGAAAGGAACAACAACACGCCCUUGAUCAAGAAUUGGCACUGUUUGGGGAUGCACAUCAACACGCUGCAAGCACUCUGUUGGAUCCUCAUAGUCGAAUGGCAAGGUGGAUUCGUACAUUGGCCAUCCACCGGUAUGCCGUCUAUUGUCUUUUGGUGGGCGUUGUCGGUCUUGUUGGUACCUAUACAUUGCAUGUGAUCAUAGACAAAGUACUGGUUGGGCUCACACCGGGGUUUGAUGCAGCUGCCAAUGCAUGGACAUCCGACGUUGCUGGGUCUGCUACUUCUUCCGCUCUACAGCAAUUGGAUACGCAACUCGAGGAAAUCAAUAGCUGGAUCACACACGCUGAGCAAGAUAUCAAUGAACAUGCAUUUGGCGUGGUGCGAUCCAUAGCAACAGCAGCCAAUUCAACAUUGGGUGUUGUGACGCAACAUGUCACUGACUUUGUACAAACGACGUUGGGCGGUACUAUUCUCGAGCAACCAGCCAAAGAUAUAUUGGAUUGCGUGAUGAUGUUCAAGAUAGACAAGAUUGAACAAGGACUUGGUUAUAUUGUACAGCAUGCCCAUGUUAACUUGACUCGAUACGAAGCAGCUGAUGUUCGUACAACCAUCCAGAGCAGCUUACAAGAUAUGCAAAUUGCACCCAUUCAUGACAUGUGGCAAUCGUUAAAUGAUGCAGUGACAAGGACUAUCCAAGGCGAUUUGACCUUUUAUUGGGUGAUGCUUGCCAUGUGGUGUUUGGCGGUGGUGUGUGUUUUAUCGACAUCCAUCAUCAACAAAGCAUUGAAUAAGAAAUAA